AUGCCACGAUGUAUAUCAAAUGUGAUUUCUAGUUAUAAUGAUCAACUUUAUAAUGCUACUUUCUUUGGCCAUUAUGUUACAUUCGAUCUUGUUUCUUCAAAAAACACAAAUCCAACUUUUCCUAUAUUCUUACCAGCUGAUGAUCCUCUCUAUAAUCCAAAUCCAAAUACCACUAUAUCUCCAUACCAACUUAGUGUACCUUUUUUACCUGUUAAUCGGUCUGAUGGUAAUAGUGACACUAAUCCAAAUCGAAAUCCUCUUCUUAGUGGAAUAAAUAAUGUCACCCCCUUUUUCGAUCUUAAUAAUAUUUAUGGUAUCAGUGAUCAAGACGCGAUGAACAGGCUUCGUGAUACUUCAACAAAUAGAGGAAAAUUAAAGACAUCUAUUGUCAAUGGAGAACAAUUUCCUCCAAAAAAUUCUGCUGGUUCCUAUAUUUGGGGUUCGACUUCGGAACGUUCAUAUAGUAUAUUUACUUUGGCUAUUCAAACAAUCUGGAUACGUGAACAUAACCGUUUAUGUGAUGAAUUAUAUCAAUUAUAUGGUAGUUCCUGGACUGACGAACAAUAUUUUCAGGAAGCUAGGCGUUGGACUAUUGCUUUCUAUCAAAAAGCUGUUGCUGAGGAAUAUAUUGGUGCUAUUCUUGGUAGUCCUUUACCUGCUUACCAAAGCUAUAAUCCUGAUCUUAAGCCAGAUGAAUAUGGUGAUACUCUUUAUAAUUUACCUUUAAAUAAUAUUAAAAAUCUCACACUCUUGGAGAGCCUUGGUUUAGAAAGAGUACUUUGGUCUAUGAUUCUUCAACGUCAGGAAGAAGUUGAUAUCUUUUUUGCAGAUUCGACUAAAAAUAUUAAUGCUCCUGAUCGCCAUACCUACGAUUUAAUUGCUUUUGACAUUAUAAGAAGUAGAGAUCAUGGAGUCGAUACCGUAGAAGCGUUGGUUGGUGUGAUGAGUGAAGAUCAUUUAGAUGGAGCAAACUUUGGAAAAACUAUGAAUGCGAGUAUGGUGAUGCAGAAACCUGAUAUGUUUACUGCUGAAGAACAAAAAAUUAUACGAAAUACAACACUCCGAAAUAUCAUCAUUCGUAACAUCAAUCAAAAUGUAACCUUCCCUCAAAAUAUUUGGGCCGUCCAACCUCAAAUAAAACUUAACAGUAGUGAUGAUAAUAAUUAUCCAAGCAAGAUUGGUGUUUGGACUCAAUAUAUUAUUAGUUAUAGGGUUGAUUUGACCUAUAUAUAUUUCAAGGUUCAACUACAAACUUCUGAUGGUAAUGGUUGGUUUGGAAUGGGGUUUGGUCCAGAUGAUGAUGGAAUGAAAGGUGCUGAAUUUAUCAUUGGAAUUGUAGGUCCUUUAGAAUAUACCAUUUGUAUUUUUUACCAUCCUCCCCUUCGAGAUUCUAAUCAAGAUCCUACUCUCGAACCAAAAUUUUCCAUGUCCGAUUCAAAAGCUGUGACAGUAGAGUUCAAAAGACUUCUCAAUCCACCAGGAAAAAAACCAAUUGUUCAUAGUGAUAUGAAAUAUGAGACCAUGACCGAGAAAAAAACGAUGAUGCAUGCUCAUAUUAAUCAUCAAGAUUAUGUUAAAUUACCCGAGUUUACUUGGGAAGAAAUUAAUGAACGAGUUCAACGUGGGGACGAAGAAAUUGUUGAAGAUAUAGACUGUCCAAAGGCUUUAUUGAUUCCAAAGGAUACACCUUCUGAAAACCAAUCAUCUGUGCUUGCAAAAUAUGUAACACACCUUCAAGGAAAGUCAGCACCUCAAAAGAGACUCUCAGCUGCCCAAUUUAUUGACAACAUUAAUACAAAAUUCUAUUUAAGGAAACCGUUGGCAGAACAUAAUCAUAGUAGAUUUGCCACACAGAAAAUGGCAACAUUGGUUAUAGGGAAAAUGAGUGAAAAAAUAAGCGAAAAAGGACUUCUGGCUCCGAGUAAUGAAUCUAUUUAUCAAAAUCCAGUAAAUGAUUCUGUAGAAAUUGAUAAAGCUAGUACCCCAAAAUUUAUCAAAUUCCAUCGUUAUAAGCUUACAAGCAAAAAAAUGGUUAAUGCAAAUGUGAAAUAUCCUGUGAUAAGAUUUACAUUUUCCAUAGUACAUCAAGGCGAGAAAGAUGUUAGCACAGAAAAGUUUUUACCUGGACAUUACAUUGAAGUGCAAUCUAGAGUAAAUAGUCAAAUUUUGAUUAGAAGUUACACUCCUCUGGAAGGUAGUUUAUCCAAGUCAUUUUCCAUUUAUGUAAAAAUUUAUCCAAAGGGGCUCUUUUCACAACAUUUGGUAUGUGCAUCUUAG